UUCAAUUACUUCACCCGGCUGUUACGGGAAUCGUUAGAAACGCAGGUUGAUUCCAAAGAAAAAGGAUGAACUCAAACGUAUUCAAACAGUGAUUUCAUUGGGUUUUUUUUUUUCUUCUACUGAGCCGGUUAUUUUUUUCAUAAUUUUAUAAUUCGACUCUGCUGUAAACGAUUUAUAGCGAAAUGGCAAGAGGAGAGGGCGCGGAGAAAUUUUCCAGUGCGAGUCUCCUGCAGAAACCCAUCCCAGAUGGAGUCAGAUUAGCAGUAAAGCGUGAGGCGAAGGGCCGGUUGUCGGUCUGCAGUAAAUUGUGUUAUGCUGUUGGAGGAGCACCAUAUCAAAUAACAGGAUGUGCAAUUGGCUUCUUCCUUCAGAUCUACCUGCUGGAUGUUGCUUUGUUGGAUCCAUUUUAUGCCUCCAUCAUCCUGUUUGUGGGUCGGGCAUGGGAUGCGAUCACAGACCCCACGGUGGGCUUUUUGGUCAGCCGGAGCCCCUGGACAAGAUUUGGACGAAUGAUGCCUUGGAUUGUACUGUCUACCCCAUUUGCUGUGCUGUGUUAUUUCCUCAUCUGGUAUGUUCCCGCUUUUGGCCAAAACAAUGUGGUCUGGUACCUGAUCUUUUACUGUGCCUUCCAGACCUUACAAACAUGCUUCCAUGUGCCAUAUUCUGCCCUUACCAUGUUUAUCAGCUCUGAACAGAAGGAGAGGGAUUCAGCCACAGCUUACCGAAUGACUAUUGAGGUUUUGGGCACUCUCAUUGGCACUGCUGUUCAAGGUCAGAUUGUGGGAAUGGCUAAUGCUCCCUGUAUCCACACUGGGGUGGACCUCAACUCCACAGAUCUGCAGGUGGCUCCUGAGGUCAACAUCACUGAGCCUCAUACUUCACUUGUGCAUCUGAGAAAUGCUUAUAUGAUUGCAUCUGGUGUCAUCUGCUCCAUUUAUGUCCUCUGUGCCUUGGUCCUUUUCCUUGGUGUGAAGGAACAAAAAGAGACCUGCAGGAUAAGGUCUGAACCCAUGUCGUUUUUCCAGGGCAUUCGUAUGGUAAUGGGCCACGGUCCAUAUGCCAAGCUGGUCAUGGGCUUCCUCUUCACCUCUAUGGCUUUCAUGCUCCUGGAGGGAAACUUUGCACUGUUCUGCAGCUACACUCUGGGUUUCAGGAAUGACUUUCAAAACAUCCUGCUCGUCAUUAUGCUCUCUGCCACACUCGCUAUUCCAUUCUGGCAGUGGUUCCUCACAAAGUUUGGCAAGAAGACAGCAGUUUACUUUGGAACUACAUCUGUGGUGCCUUUCUUGGUCUCAGUAGUCUUGGUGCCAAGCAGUCUUAUUGUGACCUAUAUUGUGUCCUUUGCUGCUGGAGUCAGUGUUGCAGCAGCAUUCCUCCUGCCCUGGUCCAUGCUUCCUGACGUGGUGGAUGACUUUAAAGUACUCAAUCCUGAUUCUCAAGGGCAUGAAGCCAUCUUUUACUCCUUCUAUGUGUUCUUCACUAAGUUUGCAUCUGGAGUCUCCUUGGGAGUCUCAACUCUUAGCCUUGAUUUUGCUGGCUAUGUGACACGAGGUUGCACGCAACCAGCAGAGGUUGAUUUAACUCUGAAGAUCCUGGUGUCUGCGGCUCCAGUUGUCUUGAUCAUUAUUGGGCUGCUAAUAUUCAUCAGCUAUCCCAUAAAUGAGGAAAAGAGACAAGGCAACCGCAAGCUACUUAAUGAACAACGAGAAAACGAGGUUGACUCAGAAGCAGACUCAACUGAGCUCGAUGUGGUUUAAUAGCACCAGACGCUAGACAAAACAUUGUGCCACUUGCAUUGGACCAACAGAGGCAAAACAAACAACAAAUGCUUUGAACCAACCAUGUGUGCUGCCUUGUGGUUGAAAAAUUCCACUAAUCACCUGAAAUGUAGCCUUGGAAAGCUCAAGUUCAAAGUGCCUUGUCAUUUCCAGUCGCAAGUGCUAAUGGACACUAUGCAUAUUUCAUCAUGUUUGUGUUGCCAGUGUUUGUGCUGUUUGCUGGAAUAGGAGCUUGCAGUCCAAAACCGGCCAACUUUUGUUAAAAGCACACAUCUAAACUGCACUAAGUAUAUCUGGUGGGACAUGUCUGCCAUGAGAAGAAACUUGAAACUUUGGACAUUUUGGAAAACUGUGUUUUGGUGUUGAAACCAAAAAAUGAUUUUUAGUCAUUGCAUGAAAGUUACACUUUAGGAGGAAUAUCUGUGAAACUGUACACCAUGUAUGUAAGAUUUGUAUCCAAUUUAAUAUUUAUACUUUUGUGCAUCUAACUGAAUAACUCGAGCAAACUGAAACAAUGACAUUAAAGUGGGGUUUGAUUAUUAUGCCAAACAUUAGUACUGCUCACAGAAAAGAGGUUAUUGUAUCAUUUUCUAUUGCUUUCCUUUGUGCACCCGUUUCAAAAGCAGAUUUUUCUCUCCUUUUUUGUUUCCACUUUCAACUUUUUCUGAUUACAUCUUAUGGGCCUAAAGAGUUUAUUCAAAGGACACACUGAGGGAUGAACUAACAAAUUUGAUUCCCCCCCAUGCCUUCAAAUGAUAUGCUUCAGAUCGGUAGCUAAAGUGUAACAAAUCUACUCUGUAGCAAUUAUCUAACGUACUGGUAGGAGGUAAAACUUGGAGGCUGUAGACAGUAUGUAAACUACCAGGACGCCAUCAGAUCCUAUUGAGUGUUCAAGGGUUAAAAUGUAUAAGCAAUUGCUAAUAGUGUGAGAUGAACAAGAUUAUUUAAGUAUUUAUUUCUUAAGUUUUAAAUCCUAUGUUGAUUUGAUUAUGCUUGGUUCUCCCAUCUUCCUUAUUUUAUCUUGUUUAAGGGUCUCGGUAAAAUAAAAUAAGGGCAAUUAGAAUAGAUUUGUCACUGUUGAAAAAUUACAUCUAGUAUGCCAAUAAUUCAAUAAAAAAAAAAAUCAAUGCGUUUACAAGUGACACUGCUAUUAGUUUGGGUGUUAAUAUUUUCUGGUCUGUUUUGUUUGACGUCAGUGUCCUUUUGAUUGUCCAUAUUAGUCUCAAAAGUGCUUAUGCAAGACAUUUGUUUAUUGUAUAGAAAUUAUGUAAUGUCAAUUCCCUGCCUGCCAUACUGUAUGUGUCAAAGAUUUGAAAAAGUGUUUCCUUGCUAUGUGUAUGUGCUGUGAUCAAUAUGUACAUAGACUGAAAGUACAGAUUUUGCAUUUUCUCUCUGGGAAAAUGGUGGUAUUUGUAAAUAUUAAUUUGUGUAAGGUGUCUCAUCAGUGCAUAUUUGAAUGCUUUGAAUUGAAGUUAAUACCAUUUUCUUACUGGUGGAAAUGUUGAAUUAGUAUUUAAUUAACACUGGUUUAGGGUGAUUUAUUGAGAUUUUCUUAUUUUCCGAUUUCACAAAAUACAGUUAUUGUAUAUAAUACAUGUGCCAAUGUUUGUAAAUAUAUUUGAUUUUUUUUUUUUUAUGGAACUGACCCAAAUGUGGAUGCAUGUAGUUAUUUAAAAAAACAAUGUUGCCAAAAUGUUUGUUAAUAAAUACUAAUUAAUAUUUGAGAA